AUGUCGGGUCUCGAGAAUGCCCUCUUCAAUCUCAAGUUUACCGCCAAGUCGCUGAACAGACAGGCCCUCAAGGCCGGCAAGGAGGAACAAGCUGAGAAGAUGAAGCUCGAAAAGGCUAUGAAACAAGGCCACAACGACAUCGCCCGUAUAUAUGCUGGAAACGCAAUCCGCAAGCAAAACGAGAAACUCAACCUCCUCCAACUCGCCUCGCGCGUCGAUGCCGUGGCCGGCCGUGUCCAGACCGCCGUCACGAUGCGCCAGAUUACAGGGAAUAUGAUGAAGGUCAACCGGAGUCUGGAUGUUGCCAUGAAGAGCAUGAAUCCAGAGCGUAAAGCUGACCAGGUGUUUCAAACAAACCAGGUAGCCGCCGUCAUGGUCGACUUUGAGAAGCAAUUCGAAAACGUGGAUUCGGCCACGGAACUCUACCAGGACAUCACCUCCUCGGCCACGGCUGUCGGUACGCCACAGGAAGACGUGGAUCGCCUGAUGGCGCAGGCGGCAGACAAGGCUGGCGUCGAUCUGCAGCAGGAUCUCCAGGAGGCCACGCCUUCGAAACAAAAAGUCGGGCCCACGGAGCAGGAGGAAGAGGCUUUCACCGAGCGGUUGCGUGCGCUGAGGAAUUGA